AUGGCACGGUUCGCGGAGACGGCAGCGAAAAAGGAACAAGACUUUUGGUUUCAUUGGCAAAAAUCCACCCCUUUUCCUGGGCUUCUCGCCGCCAAAAAGACAAAAGGCCUUAGGGCAUAAACAUGCAAAAAUCCUCCACCCCUAAAUAGAAACAAUGCUUGUAAUUAAAGUCCGCCAAUUUAUUGCCAGUGUUAUUUGAAUUCGCGGUUUUUUUUAAAUUUUUUAAAAUUUAGGCUAGGAACAGGACUACAGCUGGGUUUGAUACAGGUAUAUGAAGCUGGGGUGGAAGCUAGAGCUGAGGCUGGGAACGGGAGCUGGCGUUACGAAUGGGACUGGAGCUAGCGCUGAAGCUGGGGUUAGGGAUGAGUUUAGCGCUUUAGCUGGAGUUGAAGCUGAGGCUAGUGCUCACGCUGAGGCCAAGACUGAGACCAUGGCUGAGGCCAAAGCUAAAAACGAAGGCUAA